AUGGAUCGCUCACAGCACAGUAUGACUUUUACCGGCGGUGAUAGUAAUUUGCAAGACUAUUGGGAGGCUUAUCAAAAAAUGAUUGAGGAAACUAAAAUGCUUGAUGACUAUCUCGAUGAGGAGUCUAGUCCACGUAGCUAUGAUGAAGGUGAAGAAGAAGCCGAAUGGCUAAAAGCUGCCGGCCUAGGGGAAUUAACAGAGCCAUGGAAAGCGGGACGAGAAAUUCAGCCGGAAGAAUUGGGUGCUGCAUUGCGUACAUUAUCGCGUGCGCAAGCUGAAGCUGUAAAACGUCGUGUCAGGUCGCUAAAUCACACUGUUAAACAAAGAUUUAAUCAGCGUACUAGAGCACGUAAACCAGACAUUCGUGAUGUAUUCAAAGAUGUUGAGGCAUCGAGCGUAGGCACCAGAUCCCGUAGUGCGACACCAGAUUCAUUAGACAGUGUCCACGACUCAGGAGAAACACCCGAGAGUGCCUCCCCCCCUUCGCCGCCCACCGUAGUGAAUACAACCGUCGGGCCCCAUCACACGAGUAUAAACAUUCCGAGUUUCGUUUCGAUUUUCCACCGGAAUUCCCACGAUGAAAAGGACUUCAAAGAGGGAAAUCGUCAGUCGUCAUCUAUCAGCACCCACAAUCACAAUUUGUCGAUAGUAACGCCAACGCCUCUGCCAGUCCAGGAAAUAUUCCGACGCACUGGGCAUCACUGGUCCCACGGUGGAGACAUAGCCAGCGACUCGGAGGGAAUUGAAUUGACUGCUUACCAGAGAUUGGGGACGAUAAGCUUGGCAAGACCGAUCAUCCAGCACCGAAGUGGAAGCGACCCCAGCGAAGUCGGAACUGAGAAGCUCGAUGCAAAAGUUGGGAAUGAUUACUUACGGACGGAUAAAAUUAGUGACCGUAAGGACACUCUUAAAAGGGGCAUCAGUGGAGGCAGCAAUCAUGCAAAUGUCACCCGAAGUCACAGCAGCUUGCACAGAACCAGACCAGCGGACCAUAUUAUCACCAGACCGCUCAACAGAACUUCCUCGCACGACCAUUUGAGUUUCGAGCAAAUGUGUCGAGCUAACGAGUCCAUGACUGGAGUCGUUUCCUCCCAGGAUGACGAUGACUGGAAUAACGAGGCAGAUAAGGACUUUGACAGAAGUGCGGUUGAACUCCUGUCCCAGAGGGACUUGAUGAGGCUACAGUCGUUGUUGUGGCUCGAGCUUACUGCUGUGUUUGAUAAAUACAACUUGCCGCUGAUUAAGAGGAAGCCCAAUAAACGGAGGCAGAAAGCUGGAAAUUUAUUCAGCGUAUCAUUGUCAACACUUCUGUUACGCGACAGUCAGUUGACAAACGAAGAAAACAAUAUUCCGCUGAUAUUCCAAAAACUCCUUACGGAAUUGACCGAGCGCGGAAUUAAAGAAGAGGGAAUCCUCCGAGUUGGCGGGAACAAGCAAAAAGUUGAGCAGCUUUGCACAGAAUUGGAGACGGAUUUCUACAGCAAGCCUAAGGAAGCUGACAAAUUAAUACAGCGUACACCUUGCCAUGAUUUAUCAGCGGUGCUAAAAAAAUUGCUGCGUGAUUUACCUCAACCUCUGCUCACCGUAGAGUACAUCGACGCAUUCUAUCAAAGUCACGGUGUUAAAAGUCCCAGUGAUUUAUCGUACUCGUUGAAUUUAUUGGUGUUGUUGCUGCCAGUGGAGCAUCGCUGCACGCUAAAAGCGCUGCUUAAAUUUUUAAAAUUAGUCAUUGAUAAUCAGAGUUCAAACAAAAUGUCAAUUCACAACGUUUCGAUGAUCGUCGCGCCGUCAUUAUUUCCCCCGAGGUAUAUUUAUCCACGUGAUCGCUCGGAUUUGAGUGCUCAGGUAAACAUGGCUGCUGUUUGCUGUCAAUUAACAGAAGCGCUCCUCAGUAAUCUUGAUAAGUUAUGCAAUGUUCCGAGUAAUUUAUUUAAUCAACUGAGAAGACAAUCUGAAGAGGACAGGUAUCGUAAAUAUAAGAAGAAAUAA